CCUUUACGCCUAGAAAUACGGAUAUAUUGUAAUUUGACUGAACAACAACAUUGGUCAUUUCGUGGAGAACUAUUCACACCAAUUUUUGUUGUUGAAGUUGGAGUGAUCGCAAAAGAUUCUGAUUUUGAUAUGUUAAAUUCAAAAUUUAGAAACGUUUACUUUGUAGAAGGAACUUCUGUAAAAUUGGGAUGGAUAAUUGACCCAAGGAAUAAAGAUAUUUGGGUAUACAAAAAACAAGAACUAAUGUUUUACGUUGCUAUAAUCAUGGAAUCGUUUGAGUCUCCAGAAUCAAAGCUAAGACAAUGCCUUGAAUGUGAUCAAAUUUUCACCUGCAAAUACGAAUUUUUAAAACAUUAUGAAAAGGCGCAUUAA